GUAAACUAGCAGGAGGUCCGCAAAAGAAAAAUAAGAUGUUAUCGAAAAAUAUCCGAAAAACUGGAACUUUAUACAAAAAAAGGGAUAAGACGCACGCAGCAUUCUUCAAUGCACAGGACGAAACAUCAGAUACUGCGCCUAUCGCUUGUACAGAUAUCGAAAAUAGUACGGCAGAUUUAGAUGUUGCAAUGGAGCGUGAAGAAGACAUGAAUGACGAAGAGGAAUCAGAUCAGGAAACAUCAUCAAUACAUGACACUGAUAAAAUGGAUUUUUCCAACAUGUCGUUGGAAGAUUGCAUAAAAUUUUAUGCUUUGUCAACAAAUCAGUCACACAUCGCAAUCAAUCUGCUGUCUAAUAUAUUAUCAGCUAACCUGGGACGAAGCCUACCAAAAUCUGCUCGAACUCUUCUGAAGACCAGGAGGAAUAAUGACGAUGUUCACAACAUUCCCGGAGGCCAAUUAUGGUAUUACGGUGUUGCUCAAAACAUUAGAAACUACUACAGGUAA